ACAAUGUCGAGCAAGGAAAAAGGAAAGUUUGAAGAAAUGGCUAAAGGAGACAAAGCUCGUUAUGACCGGGAGAUGAAAAACUACGUUCCUCCCAAAGGCGAGAAGAAGGGAAAGAAAAAGGACCCAAACGCUCCUAAAAGACCACCAUCUGCAUUCUUCCUUUUCUGUUCUGAACACCGUCCAAAAAUCAAAAAUGACCAUCCUGGCUUGUCUAUCGGAGAUACAGCAAAGAAGUUAGGUGAAAUGUGGUCCGAACAGUCGGCCAAAGAUAAACAGCCAUAUGAACAGAAGGCUGCAAAACUAAAGGAGAAGUAUGAAAAGGAUAUUGCAGCAUAUCGUGCCAAGAGCAAGAGCGAUGCAGGAAAAAAGGGCCCAGGUCGGCCUGCAGGAUCUAAGAAGAAAGCAGAACCAGAAGAGGAGGAGGAGGAAGAGGAAGAAGAGGAGGAAGAGGAAGAAGAUGAUGAGGAUGAGGAAUAAAUGAAUGUCCUGCUGUAAAGAUUUAUGCGCAAAAUCCAAUAUUUUGCUAAGAAUGUGAACUCAAGUGCAGCUCAUUGUUAACUUCAGUAUAAAAAUCUGUACAGAAUUGUGUAUAGGUAAUGUGGUUCUUUGUAGGGAGACCUCUGUUUUUAAUGUAAGUAGUAGCUGAGGGCUGCUACAGUUCAUUUUUUUUUUUUUUUUACAGAAUAAAAGUUGUUGAAUGUUUCUGCAUAUUUAAUGGUUUUGUUGACAUUCAGUGACUGAUAGCCAGGUGUUUCUUUAUAGCUAAGUAAAACAAAGGAGGUAGCUUAAUAGCUGAUCUUAUAUUUUGUAGAAUAUUGUUGCAUUGUAUUACUUUUUCUAAAAGUUUUGUAAUAAAAUGUUGUACAU